GGAGAUGUUGUACCCAUGCAAUAUUAUAAUUCAUAAAGAGAAAUGUAGGAGUUGAGUUCAUUUGAAUUAAUUCAACAAUGGAGUUAAGUGGAAAUGACAGUUUCACCCCUCAGUCUUCUUCUACACAACUAUCUAUUGAACAAGAAUUCAUCAUAAGCAAGACUCUACUCACUCAUGAAUCCGACAUGAUUCGUGUGGAUUGCAAGAUUUUGUUUCAAGCCAUGGAAAAUGUCAUGUCAUAUGCGUCUAAUUCAAACAACACUGUUGAAGUGCAUACUCUUGAUAGUAUUGAGAGCUUCGCAACAAAAGAAACUUUGGAGCAUGCCAUUUAUAAGUUGUCACGCGCGAUACUGUGUGAGUGUCAUAACACGACAGAUAUGCACGCUCAAACUAUAGUUUUACUAGAGAUGUUAGGGAACUACAGAUGGGAUGCAAAAGUGGUUUUGAUACUCACGGCAUUUGCAAUAAGUUAUGGCGAAUUUCGGCUCAUUCUUGAGGUUUAUUCACACAAUGCAUUAGCAGCGUCACUUGCGGUACUCAAGAACUUGUGUUGGAGAAAUUCCGAAGCGUUGAGACCCCAGUUUAAGGCUAUGGAAAUGCUAAUAAAGGAAAUGGUGGAACUCGCUAAGUGUGUAGUGAGAUUCGAAGGGCUGCCUCUACAACUUGUACUUCAUGAUGAUCACGCUUGUACGCUUAUGGCCGGUGCGAAGUCUAAGAUCUAUUUGGCCACUUAUUGGAUCUUUAGAAGCACACUCACAUCUGCUUCUCAGAUCACAGACUUGAUUGCCAUGAAUCAGGAGAAUUCGAAUACAACCGUGAAUGCAGCAUGGGGUUUGUCUAGUUUGGCUCUUAGGUUGAGCAGAUUAUGCAGUAGCCUCAGAAUGCAGGUUGAUGCAUAUCAAGAACAGAUAGAGCCGAAGUUGUAUGAAAAGCUGACGGUUCUUCUUGAGGAUCACACAAAAGUUGAUAAUCAAGAAUUGCUUCACUUAUUCUUUUCUUUGAAUGAUGAUUUGCCGCUAAAAGAUUCUUCUUCUCAAGAAAAGGUUGGUAUAUCAACAUUGAAACACAAGGUAGUUAUGCUUUUGGUUUCAAAGCCAGAUCUUUUGCCGAUCGAACAAACUCUAUUGCUACUACACCAAACUCAUGAGCAUCCCGACAACAAGAACAUAGAACAUGAUUAUGAAAUCAUGUGGGUCCCAAUCUCGUCUUCAGAAACAUGGACUCUUGAUGAACACAUAAGUUUUGAUUACUUAUCAAACUCGUUACCGUGGUUGUCAAUCAGGCAACCAUGGUUGCUAAACUCAGCAAUAGUCAAAAUGAUUAGACACGAAUGGAAGUUUGAAGAGAGGCCUUUGUUGGUAGUAUUAGAUCCGCUUGGAUCGGUUUCAAAUUAUAAUGCGAUUGAUAUGGUGUUGAUUUGGGGACCGAAAGCUUUUCCAUUUUCGGAUUCACGAGAGAAAGAACUUUGGGAGGAAGAAAACUGGAAUCUGAAGCUUAUGUUAGGUGGAACAGAUCACUUCCUAACCAAGAUGGUGGAAGGAGGCGAAAAUAUUUGCAUAUGUGGAAGUGGUAACCUAGAAUGGAUCAACGAAUUUGAUUCGAGAAUCAAGAAACUAAAAAACGCACGGUUGCAGCUUCAAGUGAUCUACGUUGGAAGCAGAAACUCGGUUGAAAAUGAAAGCAUGAGGACAACAUUAGCCGAUAUCAACAAAGACAGUUUGUUCACUCCGAUAAAAGUUCAGUUUUUCUGGCUAAGGUUAGAGAAGAUUAAAGAUUCAAUUCUUCGGGCCGGCCAAAUUCAAACGUUUGCAAACUAUGAAACCAUGUUGGAACGAGUCUCGGAGUUGCUAGACACCGAUGAUGAUAACACCAAUUGGGCGGUUUUUGGAUGUGGGAAUUCUAGUGAUUUUGUGAUGUUAAAAGGAAACAAAAUCGCGGAGUUCUUUGACCGGGUUCCUGACUGGGCCAAAAAGGUUGCAACAUUGGGGUUUGUGGGUGCGAUCAGAAGCGUUGAUGAUGAAGUUAACGGUGCGGUCGCUUGUGAUCACACAACCGAGGUUCCUUAUGAUGAAGGAAUGGUUCAAGGAACUGUGGUUUGUGAGAAAUGUAAGCGUGUGAUGAGGCGUUCUAUAGUUUAUAAAUGUGAUGGAUCCAAGUAGAAUGUCAUAAGGUUAGAAAAGAUGAUUUUAUUUUCUUGAAAAGCAUAAAAAAUAAGUUUAGUUUUUGUAUAACAAUAUCAAUAAUGGGGUCCAAAUAUUUUGGAUUUUGAAGACAAACACUUGGAUGAGAUUUCAAUUC